AUGCUAGUCAAUUGCUCCUACUGUCGCACGCCGCUGCAGCUGCCGCCGGGAGUCCAAUCCAUCCGAUGCGCUAUGUGCCAUGCCCCGCCUUCUCCUUACUCGCAUGCUCCCCCUGGACCUCCGCCCAACGCCAACGGCCAUAAAAAAGCUGUGAUCGUCGGAAUAUCAUGUAGAUACUCCCACCACCAGCUGAAAGGAUGCAUUAAUGAUGCUAAAUGCAUGAGACAUCUUUUGGUCAACAAGUUUCUCUUCCCUGAAUCUUCGAUUCUCAUGUUAACUGAAGAAGAAACUGAUCCCACCAAGCAUGGGGACUACUUUGUGUUCCAUUAUUCUAGCCAUGGUUCGCUGCAGAGGAACUACAAUGGAGAUGAAGUAGAUGGAUAUGAUGAAACCUUGUGUCCUCUAGAUUACCGGGGCAGUGUAAACGUUGGGGGUCUUAGACAGGUACUUGAUAUUUUCAUAUUCUUCCUCAAAUCUGUCUCCAAGACUAAAAUUGCAUUACACACAGUGGUUCCCAGUACUCAAAUUGCAUUUAUCAACCCUAUCACUUCAUACAUGCGACAUUAA